UUUGCCGCUCGCUCCGCCGCUCUUUGUCUGCACUUGGGGCGCACGCCCGACUCUGGGAUUUCGCUGCGAGAGCGGGCUGGGGGGGCCGGGGGCGAGCUCUCGGUUCCCCGGCCGCCCCCCGCUCGGGCUCGCCUCUCCCCUCCCCCGCACGUCCCCGGCUCGGGCUCUCGGCGCUUCCAAGCUCUCGGAAUCGCGACCCCUCCCUGCCAUGUAUCCGCAAGGCAGACAUCCGGCACCCCAUCAACCCGGGCAGCCGGGAUUCAAAUUCACGGUGGCCGAGUCCUGUGACAGGAUCAAAGACGAAUUCCAGUUCCUGCAAGCUCAGUAUCACAGCCUCAAAGUGGAGUACGACAAGCUGGCGAACGAGAAGACGGAGAUGCAGCGCCAUUAUGUGAUGUACUAUGAGAUGUCCUAUGGCUUGAAUAUUGAAAUGCACAAACAGACGGAGAUUGCAAAGAGACUGAACACAAUUCUAGCCCAGAUCAUGCCUUUCCUGUCACAGGAGCAUCAGCAGCAGGUGGCGCAGGCAGUGGAACGCGCCAAACAGGUCACCAUGACGGAGCUGAACGCCAUCAUCGGGGUACGUGGACUCCCCAAUCUGCCUCUCACCCAGCAGCAACUCCAGGCACAGCACCUCUCCCAUGCCACGCAUGGUCCCCCGGUCCAGCUGCCACCCCACCCGUCAGGCCUCCAACCUCCUGGGAUCCCCCCAGUGACAGGAAGCAGCUCCGGGCUGCUGGCACUUGGUGCCCUGGGCAGCCAGGCCCACUUGGCGGUGAAGGAUGAGAAGAACCACCAUGAGCUGGAUCACAGAGAGAGAGAGUCCAGUGCGAACAAUUCCGUGUCGCCCUCAGAAAGCCUUCGGGCCAGUGAGAAGCACCGGGGCUCUGCAGACUACAGCAUGGAAGCCAAGAAGCGGAAAGCAGAGGAGAAAGAUAGUCUGAGCCGAUACGACAGUGAUGGGGACAAGAGUGAUGAUCUGGUGGUGGACGUCUCCAAUGAGGACCCAGCGACACCCCGGGUGAGCCCAGCACACUCCCCUCCUGAAAAUGGGCUGGACAAAGCCCGUGGCCUGAAGAAAGACGCCCCCACCAGCCCGGCCUCCGUGGCUUCCUCUAGCAGCACACCUUCCUCCAAGACAAAAGACCUUGGUCAUAAUGACAAAUCUUCCACACCUGGGCUCAAAUCCAACACACCAACACCAAGAAAUGAUGCCCCAACUCCAGGCACCAGCACGACCCCAGGGCUCCGGUCAAUGCCGGGCAAACCUCCAGGCAUGGACCCGAUAGGUAUAAUGGCCUCCGCCCUGCGCACACCCAUCUCCCUCACCAGCUCCUAUGCAGCACCCUUUGCCAUGAUGAGCCACCAUGAGAUGAACGGCUCCCUCACCAGCCCAAGCGCCUACGCCAGCCUUCACAACAUCCCACCCCAGAUGAGUGCCGCCGCCGCUGCCGCCGCCGCCGCCUAUGGCCGAUCGCCAAUGGUGAGCUUUGGAGCUGUUGGUUUCGACCCUCACCCUCCUAUGCGGGCCACAGGCCUGCCCUCAAGUCUUGCUUCCAUUCCUGGAGGGAAGCCGGCGUACUCCUUCCAUGUGAGUGCCGAUGGGCAGAUGCAACCUGUGCCCUUCCCCCACGAUGCUCUGGCAGGCCCUGGCAUCCCCAGGCAUGCUCGGCAGAUCAACACUCUCAGCCACGGGGAGGUGGUGUGUGCUGUGACCAUCAGCAACCCCACGAGGCACGUCUACACGGGGGGCAAGGGCUGCGUGAAGAUAUGGGACAUCAGCCAGCCGGGCAGCAAGAGUCCCAUUUCCCAGCUCGACUGCCUGAACAGGGACAACUACAUCCGCUCGUGCAAGCUUCUCCCCGACGGGCGCACGCUCAUCGUGGGUGGCGAGGCCAGCACGCUCACCAUCUGGGACCUCGCCUCCCCCACACCCCGCAUCAAGGCUGAGCUGACAUCUUCAGCUCCGGCCUGCUACGCCCUGGCCAUCAGUCCCGAUGCCAAAGUCUGUUUCUCCUGCUGCAGCGAUGGGAACAUUGCAGUUUGGGACCUGCACAACCAGACCCUGGUCAGGCAGUUCCAGGGUCACACAGACGGGGCCAGCUGCAUAGAUAUCUCUCACGAUGGCACUAAGCUGUGGACAGGGGGCCUGGACAACACCGUGCGUUCCUGGGACCUGCGUGAGGGACGGCAGCUGCAGCAGCAUGAUUUCACCUCCCAGAUCUUUUCCCUAGGCUACUGCCCCACUGGGGAGUGGCUGGCCGUGGGCAUGGAGAGCAGCAACGUGGAGGUUCUGCACCACACCAAGCCUGACAAGUACCAGCUGCACCUGCACGAAAGCUGUGUGCUAUCCCUCAAGUUCGCCUACUGCGGCAAGUGGUUUGUGAGCACUGGGAAAGACAACCUCCUCAAUGCCUGGAGGACGCCCUAUGGAGCCAGCAUCUUCCAGUCUAAAGAAUCCUCAUCUGUCUUGAGCUGUGACAUUUCAGCGGAUGACAAAUAUAUUGUAACAGGCUCCGGUGACAAGAAGGCCACAGUUUACGAGGUCAUCUAUUGAACAAGGACUCUAACAGGCCUGUCAAACUCUGGGAGACACCCACGCGGCCCUGACAGGGAGAUGCUGGCCAGGCCCCGAGGAUGACAGAGGAAUGAGGGAGCAGCAUUGUGGGGCUGUGCUCCGGAAGGCGGAGAGGAUGCACGCCCCUUCAUGAAUUGAUGUGUCUGACAGACUUGAAGGACUUUCUCCUCUCCCCCUAACCAGUGCUGACAGAUGCUUCAAGUAGAUUUCUCUGGAGGCUUCUGCUUCCGCUUCCCCCACAGACACCCUCAUGAGUCUCUGUCCCUUCCUGCCCUUUCUGACCUGUCUGUCCCCUCCCCACUCUGGGUUGGGGGGGUGCUGGAGUAGACCACAUUGUUGUUUCUGGGGAGGAGCACCUCGGUCCUGAUUGUGCAGUGCACGAGAUUUGUGAACAUGUAAAUAAGAGACUGUGGUUGCUGACUGGCCAGUGAGGGAGGAGGCCCCUUCCCACCAAUGCUCGCCGUGUAUUUUGCCUGCUGUAUUUGUAGCCCACUCAUGGUGGUGGCUUUUCUUUCUUUCUUUUAUUUUUAUUUUAUUUUUUAGCAGAUGUUCCUGUGGGGAAGGUAGGCAGAGAGAGAAAGUGGGAGAAGCAGAAGGAGAAGUUUCCUGGGGAUGGGUGAACUGGCCUGGCCCACUGGGAAUGAAUGAAGGAUACCAGAGGGCAGGGAGUAUUCAGAUAGAAUGAUAGGCAGAUGGACAGACAAACUGAUGGACAGAACUUGGGUGGGCCAGCCUGGGCUAUCAUCGGCAGGAACAGCGAGGAUUUCCUGUAGGUUCUUCUGCUCUCUCUGUAUCUUGCCAUGCCCUCGCACCUUCUGUUCUCUCUCUAUUUCUCUUUCUGUCCCCCAGGAACCCCAUUUUCUCUUUGGUGCACACUCAGUCAUUGUGAUGAGGAAUGGAAGUUCAAGGGAACUCCCUCUCUGACUCUCCUCCAGCGCAGCCUAGGAAGGAUUCCAUAUUGGGUGGGGGUGGGGGUUGGGGACACAGCGACUCAGCUCAGGGAGCUACCAGAGAAAAACAGCAACUAGUGGGUGCUUUUUUUUUUUUUAAUUUGAAUAAAAAGAAUUAGAAGUGAUAUCCUUUCAUAAGAUGCCUUCUCCCCUUUCCUGCUUUCAGCCCUCUCUGUUCCCUAAAGGGGUGAAUGGUAGCCCCCAGGGUUGUGAGUCUGAGAAGGCGGGCAGGGCUGGAGGCUUGGGGCCGCAGCCUGGGGCAUCAUGGUAACCCUUGCGGCUGUCAUAGGCUGGGGCGGAUGGAGUGUCGACAGGUGUCACCCCUUGGGUACCAGUGUUUGUGGUAUUAGGUCUGUUUUGUUCUGUUUUGUUUUGGUCUUUUGUUGUUUUAUUAAAGAGAAGCUGAAGACCGUGAGAGCCCUUGCUGCUGGGCUCCCCGUGGAUGUAGCAUAUGGAAGAGAGUUUUUAUAUUGCAUUUUUAUGGAUUAUUUUAUAAUGUGGGACUCAGUCUGAGAAGAAAGAUGAGGGCAGCUGUGGAACCUGCCCAUCUGCAAUGCUCUGCUUGAACGGCUGCCCCAAACAGGAUGUAUGUUGGGACAUGGAAAGGCCAGGGCACCCUGCACUUUCCCGAGAGGCUUGCUGUGCCUGUCUGGAGUCUGUCCGUCUGCUUCUGGGUUUCAGAUGGUCACAGACCACCACUUGUUAAGGCUCUAGCCAGGAGGGAGGGUAAGGGUGGAAGAGAGUUAUUCCUGAAGAAAAAAGAAAAAUUGAAAAGUCAUUGUAAUGAGCUGUUUUUAUAUUUUUAAAAGUUACUAUUUAAAAA